UAUACAUUGAAUGUAGCAAAGGAACAUGGCUGCGUCCUGCAGGAGGUUGGCGAGUCGUUCUGUCUUGCCGUUUCUGUCUUGUUUAAGCAGGUCAGCAGUCGGCAAUACGGGUUGUCGUCCGUUUUCCAGCUCUUCUGUUUGUCGGGCGACUUUGCAGACCAAAGAUGUGACGGAAAGAGCGAGUUCUCCGUGGACUUUGAUGGCAGCGGUGUGUUUGCAAAGGCUCCCGGUCAUUUCAGCGGACUGCACCCCAAUAGAGCAAGAGUUCGGAGAGAUGAUAAAGGAGAUUGAGCUGGAGAAUAGCUUGCUGUCGGACCAUGAGCUGCGACUGCUGGACGACGCUGAGAGAAUGAGACGCAAGCAGACAGACGACUAUGACUCAGAUAAAGAAGACGAGCGCGGGGAACAGGACAUCGUGUUGACUCAGGACCUGGAGGACACCUGGGAGCAGAAGAUGAAGCAUUUCCAGUCAGCGCCGAGGGUCAGAGCUGAAGUAGAUAAGGAACUGACCUCGCCUGAGCGCUGCCUGGCCGACUCGCUGACUCUCCUGGCUGAGCAGCAGAUCAGCGGUGAGAAGCUGUGGCUGAUGCCUCAGACUGAGUGGCAGGAAGGAGAAACGCUGCGGCAGACGGCCGAGAGAGCACUCGCUUCCCUGCCAGCAGCUGGUUUCAAGGCGACUUUCCUCAGCAACGCCCCCUGCGGAGUGUACAAGUACAAACUGCCCCAAGCUCUUCGAACGGAGAGCUUGGUGGGAGUAAAGGUCUUCUUUUUCAAAGCCAUUCUGUCAAAGAGCAGCCCCCCCACUGGCCAAAACGCUCCUUUUCUGUGGGUGAAGAAAAGCGAACUGCAGAGCUACCUAAAACCGGCAUACUUAAAGAAGGUCGACCGCUUCCUCUUCGAGCAGUGAGGCCUAAGAACUGGGACACUGACUUACCGAACGAUGUUACCUUUGUCGCUUCUCUGUUGUCUGGUAUCAUAUAAUGUUCUUUCAUUCGUUAUAUCCAUUUAAUAUAUCCAUUAUAUGUGUUUCAUAGUAUAAAUAAAUUUUUUUCCCCACA